UUAAGGUAGUGUAGGAUCUUUGUGUUAUUACAACACACAUCAUAUUUUAUUAUUCUUAACAUUACUGUUGUUACAUCUAAAUAUCAAGCUUAUAAUCGUUUUGUUGUCUAAUUCAGGGGAAUCCUUGCUGAAAUUCAAUGUCAAUUUUUCUAUUCAACGUGGGAAUAGUACUCCAGACGUAACUACUCUACAGUAUCGAUAUCGUGUUUCUUCCAGAUUGACACAACAAAGAUGUCGGCCUGUGCGAAUGGAGAAGCUACGGCUGAUGACGCCGAAAAUGCUACCAAAUCAUCCAGCACGCCUGUGUCAGCUUCCGAGAUGAACAAGACAAACAAUUUUCAAAGAAUUGCUCAAAAGAAAUUGCUUGUGCGUGGGUAUUCAAGAAGCAAAAAAUUGGAAAAACUCGCUGUAUACUCGAGCUGCAAGUUUGAAGGGUGCAAGUGCAAUGGAUGGAAGAAUCCAAACCCUCCAUCCCAAACACCUGCAUCUGAUCCGAACCAACCGACAUCAAAUCUCACUGAUCCCUGCAAGAGCUGUCGCCACAACUUAGGAGCUCACGUAUCCCACUUGGAGUCAGCUGAUGAAGAAGAACUGAACAGACUUUUGCGCAUCGUUGUCGAUGUCGAAAAUUUGUUUGUCUGUGUCACAAGAGAAGAGGAUGCAGAAGCGAAGCAAGUUUACUUCUAUUUAUUCAAGUUGUUGAGAAAGUGCAUACUUCACAUGAGUAAGCCUGUCAUAGAGGGCAGUGUUGGUACUCCGCCUUUUGAGAAGCCAAGCAUUGCAAAGGGAGUCACAAAUUUUGUGGUGUAUAAAUUUGGCGCGUUGGCUCAGAAAGAAUGGCAGACCAUGUACGACCUGGCCAAGAUGUUCCUGCACUGCCUCAACCACUGGAAGUUGUGGCCCCCAGCCAGCAGGGGACAGCAUCUGGGUGAGAAAGAUGAAAACGACUACAAGUUGAACUACACAAGAUGGUUGUGUUUCUGCCAUGUACCGGCGUUCUGUGACAGCUUGCCCCGCUAUGAGACAACGCUCAUCUUUGGGCGUACUUUGUUACGGUCCGUCUUUCAGACCAUGAGGAGACAGCUGCUGGAGAAGUUUCGUGCAGAAAAAGACAAAAUGCCGCCGGACAAGAGGUCUUUGGUCCUGACACAUUUCCCAAGAUUUCUCACAAUGCUGGAACAAGAGGUGUACGGAAACAAUUCUCCCAUCUGGAACCCAGAGUUUUCUCAGCAGACCAACAAUCUUCCAUCUCCGUCCCCUGCAGACUGGUUUGUCUCUUGGCUAGUGAGCCCAGGUGGUGUGGCAGGGGUCAGUGGCCUCAACCGCUUCACUUCGUCCACUGUCGGAGGGGAGGCUUGCUCAGGAUUCAACAUCAGCCCCGGCCUCUUGACCAAUGGACGCAGAUCGUCUCGCUCCCAGGAUGCUGCGGAAAAACGCAAAGCUGACGAAGCCGGCCUUAGUGAUGGUGCCAAGAGACCGAAGAUCGAGGGAGAUAUUUCCAAGGAAGUCCUGGAGGAAGUCUUGGCUGAGAUCAAUUCAGAGGGAGACGGGGUUAUUGUUGGACCAGAGAUAUUGCACCCAUCUCAUGCUGCCCGGGAUGAACAGGCCAGGCAGGAGGAGAAGGAUGGCAAGAUCGACUUCCACAUCGUCAACAACUCGCUCAGCCAUCGCCCCACCCGCCAAGUGUUCCUGUGGCUGAUAGAAGUGCAGAAUCUCUUUUCUCAUCAACUGCCACGCAUGCCUAAGGAGUACAUCACAAGACUGGUCUUUGAUCCGAAGCACAAGUGUCUUGUCUUGAUCAAGAACAAUCAUGUGAUUGGUGGCGUCUGCUUUCGGAUGUUCCCGACCCAGUGUUUCACCGAGAUUGUGUUCUGUGCUGUGACCUCCAGUGAACAAGUUAAGGGUUAUGGCACAACUCUGAUGAAUCAUCUGAAGGACUACCACCUGCUCCACAACAUCACUCAUUUCCUCACAUUUGCCGAUGAAUUUGCCACAGGUUACUUCAAAAAGCAGGGGUUCUCAAAGGACAUCAAACUCCCUCGGUCGCAAUAUCUGGGAUACAUAAAGGAUUAUGAAGGAGCAACAUUGAUGGGAUGUGAUCUCUGUCCAAGAAUCAACUACACAGACUUUUCAAGGGUUAUACGCAAACAGAAAGAAAUCGUGAAAAAGAUUGCUGCUCGGAAGGCAAUAGAAACAGAGAAGGUGUACAGUGGAGUGGGCCUGUUCAAAGAGGGGAUCAAGCUGCCCCUGCCGGUGGAGUACAUACCAGGGCUGGCCGAGUCGGGCUGGAAACCUGCUGCCAAGAAAGAAAAGGAGCAGUCUCUGGAACCAGAUCAGCUGUACAACAUAGUGAGGACCAUUCUUCAGCAAGUCAAGAGCCACGCGAGUUCCUGGCCAUUCUUAAAACCUGUGGACAAGUCUGAAGCUCCAGAUUACUACGACCACAUCAAAUUCCCAAUGGACCUGCGCACAAUGACAGAGCGGUUGAAAGCCCGCUAUUACGUCCACAAGCAUCUCUUCAUCGCGGACAUGAACCGUAUCAUCACAAACUGCCGCUCUUACAAUGAGCCUGACACAGAGUACUACAAAUGUGCAAAUACCAUCGAGAAAUAUUACAUCACCAAGAUGAGGGAAGCUGGGCUCAUGGAAAAACUGAAUUAAAACUUCAUCAGUAAGAAGUUUUACUGCGCAAGUCCACCAUCUUCCUUCUUUCCUGUAUAGUAAUGUACAUUACAAGCAGAUUUUUGUUGUUGUUAAGGUUGAAUGUAAUUUAAUACAGUGUGUGAAAUGAGAUGCUCAGAUGUUGUUUUGAUAAUGUUUCAGGUAGACUGCCCUAUAGAUAAUUUAAUAAACCAUUUUACCCCUUGGAAGCUGUCCUGACACAUGCCCUGAAUCUUUAGAACAAGGGAAAUAAUUCCCUAAAAACGCCAUACAUUUGAUAGGCAGUUUAGUGAAAAUUUCAAAGUUCUCUAUGAUGCUUUCAUUUGGAAGCUCUUGCCUUCAUGAUCAUAAAACAGUUUAAAUUGUGUUGAUAUCUUUAUUAGUUAAAAAGUUAUGACGAUUUUUUCAUGUUAAAUUUUCGGCCAAUUUGGGGUCACUUUUACAUUAGAGUUUUUGUGAGAAGAAAAUGCAAUUAAAAAAAAAAAAAAACGACCAUAACUCUGCAACCCAGGUCCAUUAUUUCAAGUGUAAUUCAUCAAUUUGUAGGAAAUUUUACAUAUAAUCCGUCCAACUACAAAACAACGGUGUGCAACACCAAGGAAAAAUUUGUUGGGUGGUUAUAGGUAUUGGGUGGAUAAAAAUCACAAGAAAUGAUGAUCCGAAUAUGACAAAAUCUGCUAUAUCUUCACUUCUAAUGGUCACAUCAAGACAUCAUAUAUCAUUCUCUUUGUUUUUUUCAGAGGUCAUAAUAAAACAAUAACAUAGCAACAAUUUGAAUAUUCUCAGGGAUUAAUAACACUGAAAUAUAUUUCUGAAAUGAAUUUUUAUCGAAAAUUGAAAAAUUUCGUUAAAAUGUCGAUUCUGGUUGAAAACACAACUUUGAAUUUUAGUUACUGCUUUAACAUGACAUUACAAACACAAUCUUAUUCACUACAGAAAUAGGGCUUGCAUACCAUCAGAUGCAGAGUUCCAUUCAUGUAUGAGGCGAGUUUUAAACGAGUAUCUCGGACUUUCUGCUAAGACUAAGACACUGUAUCCCUUUCAGCACAAGUUGACCAUGGUCAAAGCCUGCCUUCUAAAUGAUGUAAACUGUGCCAAUAGGGGAGUAAAGACACCUACAUUCUCAAAAAGAAAAUAUCAGUGGCAUAGAAAAAUCAUUUUAAAAAUUACAUUUCAAGCGAGUCUUACAACCAUUGCAUGCAAAACACAAUUUUGGAAGUGAAUCAAUUCAGCAAAAAAAGUAUGGCUCAACAAACUCAAAGAAAUGCAACAGCACCCAAUACAGCGUCAGCAAA